AUGGCUAAUGAUACUGAUGAGAAAAGGGGUGAGAACAAGGGGGAAUCUGGUGAUGAGAAGGAGAGUGAGGCAGAAGAUAAGUUAGAUGAAUUAGUGGGUAAUUAUGGAGAAGAAGAAAAAUAUAGUGAGGAAGAAGUUGAUUAUGAGAGCGAAGGCGAGGAUGAAGAAAAGGUAAGUGAGAGUGAAGGUGAGGAUGAAGAGAGUGAGGAAGAGAAUGAGAAUGCAAGUGGGGAAUCUGAAGGAUCUAUGGCUAUUGGGAACACUGUCAUAGCCCCUUCAAAAGAAGUAAGUGGAGAGAAAAGUACUGAAGAAACUGAGCCCUUGUUAACUCCUUUCACUGGAGAUGAAGAGGUCAUAAGAAAUGAGGAUAAUUUACCCAUGUCUGUAGUAGGGAAGAAACGCAAGAAGGCUUCAAUGAAAGCAACAAAGUCAGUUAUCCCUGUAAGAAAAGAAGUGGCUUUUCAUGUUAGGACUCCUUUCACAAGGAGUAAAAGAAAGGUUGUUGAUGAACAAAUCAUUAAGGAGUCCAGAGGUUCCAAGAAGCCAGGAAAGCAAGUUCCAGUUAUUGAACCUGUUAUUGAGUUGGAUGUAGAAGAUGAGUCUGAUUCUACUUUGCAAGAAAAGACAUCAGCAUAA